AUGCGUCUUGGAUUGGGCAUUGCCCUUUUCAUAGGGGUCACCAUUGCUAUUCCCUAUGUUGGUGUCCAGGAAUACCAAGAAGAUAUGCAACAGCCCGCGAGUUCAUCCGCAUCCACAUCCGCAUCCAUGUUGAUGCCGAUGAAAAGGGCGACAUCUACCGCUCAGGCCACCCCUUCGGCUUCAGUAGAAGCCCAGAAACGAAUGCUUCCGUAUGAAUAUGAACUCCUGUAA